AUGUCCACAAAACAAUUCUAUCUUCUGGGCGAAGCAGAGUCAACUGCCAGAGAAGUUGAGCUCCCACCCGCUGUGGAUUUUGAGGAGCUACAGAACAUCGUCGCUUCACACUACGCUAUUGUUAAGCCAGAUGGCGUCGGCUUCAUCCACGAUGAUAGGAAACUCACUGCAGUAUCUGAUGUUCUCGAGAAAGACGAACCUAUAGCUGUUUCCAUCAACGGAAAUGCUGUACGCGAAGUCCCUGGUCCCUCGGGCGUCCCAUACUUUGGCAACUACCUCGAGAUCUACCCUGACCAUCUCGGUAACCAUCAGCGACUUUUCGAGAAAUACGGUCCGCUAUUUGUCACCAACAGCAUGGGGAGCCGUCUGUACCAGACCAACUGCGCCGAGCUUUCCAACAUCUUCCUUUCCGAGGAUGACUACUUCACAAAGAAGAUCGUUCCCGGCCAUCCCCUCCACCCGAUCAAGAACCAAGAAGCAGGCGUAUUCCUAGGCGAUACCGACACAGAACAAUGGCGUCUUGCGCACAAAUUCCUUCCUCCAGCGCUAGGCCCCAAGGCUGUUCGGCACUACGCGCCUACGAUGCAGAGAACUGUUGAGCAGUCCUUCAAAGUCUUUGACGAACUCGACCAAAAGGGUGAAGCUUGGAACGUUUACCAGUACAUGCUCAAGCUCGGCUCACAGGCCGUCGGCAAACUCAUCAUGGGCAUGGACUUUGCGCAUUUUGAAGAGGUCGAUUCGCCGUUGCACGAGAUGGUUCUCAAGAUUGCUGAGAACUUGGAGCUUAAUAAAAAGGUGUCUUCUAUGGGCGCGUGGUAUGGAAAGUUACCGUUUGGUGAUCCCAAGAAGCUCCGCGAUACGAAGGGUAGGAUCACGGAGAUGAUGUCGGAGUCAAUCGCCAGAGCCUCCAGGGGUCAGGAUGAUCUAGAACUCCAAGAUGCAGCACUCAAGGCCGAGAACGUCGUUGACUACUUCCUUCGAGCCACAGAUAACAAAGGCAACAAACUACCAUCCUCGCAAUUUGCCCCAGCACUACUCGUAGCUACUGGCGCCGGUUUCACAACAACGUCAUCCCUUCUAUCCUGGUUGAUCUACAGCUUGGUCAAGUACCCCGGCAACCAAGAGCGUCUCCUUCAGGAACUCAUCGACAACGACUGGGACGAAGAUACCCAGGUAACAGCCGACACCACCGCCAAGCUAAGCUUCCUCGACAAGUUUAUCAAGGAAACCCAGCGUCUGCACAACCCAUCCUUCCAGCCUGGCCGCACAGCCAAGGUCGAUAUGAUCCUGCCAGGAGGAUACAGACUGCCCAAGGGCUCUGUGGUGAUUUCCGCGCUUCAUCACAUGCACAACAACAAAGAUGUGUGGGAUAAUCCAGGCCGUUUUGAUCCUGAUCGCUGGGACACAGAGAAGGUCAAGAAUAGGCCUGCUGGCUCAUACAUCCCCUUCGCGGCGGGGCCACGUAUGUGCGUCGGGUUUAACUUUGCCCUGCAGGAAAUCAAGGUUUUCUUACCUAAGCUUGUUUAUCGGUACAAGUUUAGCCUGGCGCAGGAUGGCCCUGUUGAUUAUGACCCGUACUUCCAGCUGAUUCGGCCGAACAAUCUGUAUAUACAGGCGGAGAGGAGAGUGAAGUGGCCACCAAGGUCAGAAUGA